AUGGCUAGCGCGGACGAGACUCUCGCGGCCGCGACUGCCUUGCUCCAGAAUUUGGCAAGAGACGAAUCUGUCCCCGGUUCCUCUUCGCCCCCAUUUGAUUUUCAACUAUCCAACGGCACCAAGUCGGCCAAACUUCCUGGAGAAAACAGUCCCACCAAGGCAGCCUUCGAAGCCGAGCUUGAGGCCCUAGUGCGCCGUGUGCACCAUCUGGAAUUCCAAGCUGUCAGUCACCACAAUUUCCAACAGCAGACGGAUCCCCAACAGACCACCCCGUCUGCUGAAGAAACCAGCGAGAGGAAUUUCUUGAGGACAUUUGGGCUCUCUCGCUUGUCGUCCGGUCAAGAUUCUGACUCUCUGUCACAGCAGCAAAAAGCGAUACCAGUUCCCGCGGCCGACGAACCACCCCUGGGAGAAAUUGACGACGAAUCCGAUGAAGAAGAUGAUAAUGGCACCCGUGUCGUGCGGGAGGAGGAUAUUAGCUUCCUCCGCAAUCAUGUACAAAAACAGGCCGAAGAGAUAAGCAGCCAAAAGGAUAUUAUCGCUCAGGUUCGCGACGAGUUGCAAAAACAGGAAGAGCACACUCGACGUGCUCUUACCAAGGUUGAAAAUGAGGAUGUCGUUCUUCUCGAGCGCGAGUUGCGCAAGCAUCAACAGGCCAACGAGGCCUUCCAGAAAGCUUUGCGUGAAAUCGGUGGCAUUAUCACUCAAGUCGCCAACGGUGAUCUGUCCAUGAAAGUUCAAAUUCACCCGCUGGAAAUGGACCCCGAAAUCGCCACUUUCAAACGAACAAUCAACACUAUGAUGGAUCAACUGCAAGUCUUUGGUAGCGAAGUCUCUCGUGUCGCGCGCGAAGUCGGCACUGAAGGAAUACUCGGUGGUCAAGCUCAGAUCACUGGCGUCCAUGGUAUCUGGAAAGAGCUUACGGAGAAUGUCAACAUUAUGGCCAAGAACUUGACGGAUCAAGUGCGAGAAAUUGCCGCCGUGACUACCGCUGUCGCUCACGGUGAUCUUAGUCAGAAGAUUGAAAGCCGAGCCCAAGGUGAAAUUCUGGAGUUGCAACAGACUAUCAACACCAUGGUAGACCAACUCCGAACGUUUGCAACAGAAGUUACUCGAGUCGCGCGUGAUGUCGGCACGGAAGGUGUACUGGGAGGACAAGCUCAGAUCGAGGGCGUCCAGGGCAUGUGGAACGAACUCACGGUCAAUGUCAAUGCUAUGGCCAACAACCUCACCACCCAAGUGCGAGAUAUUGCUACCGUCACAAAGGCCGUUGCCAAGGGCGAUCUCACACAGAAGGUCCAGGCUAACUGUAAGGGAGAAAUUGCAGAGUUGAAGAACAUUAUCAAUUCCAUGGUGGACCAACUACGACAAUUCGCACAAGAAGUCACGAAAAUCGCCAAGGAAGUCGGUACUGAUGGUGUUCUUGGAGGCCAAGCCACCGUGAAUGAUGUCGAAGGAACGUGGAAGGAUUUGACAGAGAAUGUCAACCGCAUGGCCAACAACCUGACCACGCAGGUGCGUGAGAUUGCGGACGUCACCACUGCAGUCGCCAAAGGUGAUUUAACCAAAAAGGUUACUGCCAACGUACAAGGAGAAAUCCUCGACCUUAAGAGUACCAUCAAUGGCAUGGUGGAUCGUCUCAACACUUUUGCUUUUGAAGUCAGUAAAGUGGCUCGUGAGGUCGGCACGGAUGGUACUCUUGGUGGUCAAGCCAAGGUGGACAACGUAGAAGGAAAAUGGAAGGACCUGACGGACAAUGUGAACACCAUGGCACAAAACCUGACAUCUCAGGUCCGAAGUAUAUCCGAUGUCACACAAGCUAUUGCCAAGGGAGACUUGAGCAAAAAGAUCGAAGUGCAUGCUCAGGGAGAGAUUCUCACGCUCAAAGUCACCAUCAACCACAUGGUCGCCCGAGAUGUCGGUGUUGAUGGCAAGAUGGGUGGUCAAGCCAACGUGGAGGGUAUUGCGGGUACUUGGAAGGAAAUUACCGAGGACGUGAACACCAUGGCCGAGAAUCUGACAUCACAAGUCCGCGCUUUCGGCGAAAUUACCGAUGCCGCCACUGACGGUGACUUCACAAAGCUGAUCACAGUCAACGCGUCUGGUGAAAUGGACGAGCUGAAGCGGAAGAUCAACAAGAUGGUUUCCAACCUUCGGGACAGUAUUCAGCGAAACACCGCGGCUAGGGAGGCCGCCGAACUCGCCAAUCGUACCAAGUCAGAGUUUUUGGCCAACAUGUCGCAUGAGAUCAGAACGCCAAUGAACGGUAUCAUUGGAAUGACCCAGUUGACAUUGGACACGGAUGAUCUCAAGCCAUACACACGAGAAAUGUUGAACGUCGUACACAACUUGGCGAACAGUCUGUUGACCAUCAUCGACGACAUUCUGGAUAUCUCCAAGAUUGAAGCCAACCGCAUGGUUAUUGAGAGCAUUCCAUUCACCGUCAGAGGUACUGUUUUCAAUGCCCUGAAGACUUUGGCCGUCAAGGCCAAUGAGAAGUUCUUGAGUUUGACCUACCAAGUUGACAACACCGUUCCUGAUUAUGUCAUUGGUGAUCCAUUCCGCCUUCGCCAGAUCAUUCUCAAUCUUGUUGGAAACGCUAUCAAGUUCACUGAGCAUGGUGAGGUUAAGCUCACCAUUCGAAAGUCGGACAGAGAGCAAUGCACGACUAACGAAUAUGCGUUUGAAUUCUCCGUGUCUGAUACGGGUAUUGGAAUCGAAGAGGAUAAGCUUGAUCUCAUUUUCGACACCUUCCAACAAGCUGAUGGCUCAACCACCCGCAGAUUUGGUGGCACUGGGCUGGGAUUGUCGAUUUCCAAGCGCCUUGUAAACUUGAUGGGCGGUGACGUUUGGGUUACUUCCGAAUAUGGACAUGGAAGUACUUUCCACUUCACCUGCGUAGUGAAACUCGCAGACCAGUCUUUGAGCGUCAUUGCCAAUCAGCUCUUGCCGUACAAGAACCACCGGGUGUUGUUCAUCGACAAGGGUCAAAACGGUGCUCAAGCUACCAACGUGAUGAAGAUGUUGAAGAAGAUUGACCUAGAGCCGUUGGUUGUGCGGAACGAGGAACACGUUCCUCCGCCUGAGAUCCAGGAUCCUUCUGGCAAGGAAUCAGGCCAUGCCUACGAUGUUAUCAUCGUCGACUCGGUAGACACAGCCCGCGUCUUGCGGACGUUUGACGAGUUCAAGUAUAUUCCGAUUGUUUUGGUCUGUCCUUUGGUCUGCGUGAGCUUGAAGUCGGCCUUGGACCUUGGUAUCAGUUCAUAUAUGACUACCCCGUGUCAGCCGAUUGAUCUUGGCAAUGGCAUGUUGCCGGCCUUGGAAGGCCGGUCGACGCCAAUCACCACCGACAAUUCACGUUCAUUCGAUAUUCUUCUAGCUGAGGAUAACGACGUGAAUCAGCAACUCGCGAUGAAGAUUCUUCAAAAGCAUAACCACAACGUGUUUGUUGUUGGUAAUGGCUUGGAAGCUGUUGAGGCUGUCAAGAAACGUCGUUAUGAUGUUAUUUUGAUGGACGUUCAGAUGCCAGUCAUGGGUGGCUUUGAAGCCACCGGCAAGAUUCGUGAGUACGAACGCGAGAGUGGGCUUCAACGGACCCCAAUUAUCGCGCUCACUGCCCAUGCCAUGUUGGGUGACCGUGAGAAGUGUAUCCAGGCCCAGAUGGAUGAGUACUUGUCCAAGCCGCUUAAGCAAAACCAGAUGAUGCAAACUAUCCUCAAAUGUGCUACUCUCGGUGGGUCACUAUUGGAGAAGAGCAAGGAGUCUAGGAUUUCGAGCAGCGGGGAAAUGCACCCCAACUACUCAAUGUCUGAGAACCAACAGCCGCAACCACCACAACAGCGAUCAAAGCAGCAGCCCUUGCCGUCACCUCGCCCGGUUGUAGAUUCCCGGUCUAUCACAAGCUCUGGUCCCAUCACCCGAGGGAGUGUGGUCAGUCCGUUGGAAGAGAAAGAAGAGAUGAUCGACGAGCGGGCAUUGCUACGAUCCAACAGUACAUGAGUUUAGCAUAUUUAUUUUCAUGCAGAUGAUUUCGAUGCGACUAUACCCUGUCUAUAUGAGUCUCAUCUACUCUACUUUUGUCUACUUCAUACCCACCUGCGU